AUGGCAUUGAGCGAUUGGUUCUCUAUCGAAAAUGACCCGCUAGCAUGGGCACAUCCGUCGCCAAAGUUAAUAAUGACACCCUUUGAAGCGCACUGGCAUGAGAUCGUUGCAUCCACCAUCUUUUACUUCUUCAUCCAGGCGCUUUCGCCCGCUGUGUGUACGCGGAUGGUCGGCAAGGCUUACACGGGCUUGGACAGAAAGACCAAGAUCAAUUUUGAUAUCCACAUGGUCUCCAUGGUCCAGUGUGUCGUGUCUGUGGUGCUGCUUGUGCUCGGAUCCAACAACGCUGGGUUCAGGAACCGCCUGGUAGACCCUGAGGGCUCGAUCCUUGGUUAUUCUCCUUAUCUUGGCUUCGUCGCUGCCAUCACAAUUGGAUACUUUGUGUGGGACUUGUUCGUUUGCAUUCGCUACUUCAAGCUCUUUGGCUUCAGUUUCUUGUUCCACGGAGCUGCAGCCUUGUACGUGUUUGUGUGCUCGCUUAGGCCUUACUGCUUGCCAUGGGCUCCUGCUUUCUUGCUGUUCGAGUUGAGUACUCCCUUCGUGAAUGUGAACUGGUUUGCUACCAGAUUGCCUGCUGGAACCAUCAGCGACACCGUUGUGAUGAUCAAUGGCCUUCUCCUACUUGCCACUUUCUUUUUCGUGAGAAUCAUCUGGGGAUUCUAUGCUGCUGGUCUUGUGGCCUACGACAUGUACCGGGUGUUCGACAAGGCUCCUAUAUUCUUGCCGCUCUCCAUUCUCGCGUUGAACGUUUCGCUUGACUCCUUGAACGUUGUUUGGUUCUUGAAGAUGUUCCGUAUUGCCAAAAAGAAGCUCCAACAGAACAGCAAGACGCCAAUUCCUGCGCUGAAAACCGCCAAGUUCGAUUAA